AUGGUGGUGGAACAAGAGCCGUGGGGCCGGCAGGCUCCACCCCUGAGGGACCAGCCGCUGGUGGCCUUGUCUGUGUCAGGGAGUGGGGAGCAGGCCAGGGCCUCCCUCCUGAUCCCCUCACCCUUCCUCUGGGGACAAAGUGACCCCCAGGAGAAUGUGGCUGGGAUCCGGUUUAUUUACAAGGGGAGAUCGUACUCCUCGUGCACCACGGCCGGACGAAGGGACAAGAAGCUCUGGUGCGCAACCACCAGCAGCUACGACAGGGACGGCCGGUGGAGGUUCUGCUCUCUGACGGGUCCAGACUCUCUGCCCUGCACCUUCCCCUUUAAGUACAAGGGGAAAUCGUCCUCGGCCUGCACCAGGGAUGGAAGCGCCGACAAGCGGCUCUGGUGCGCGACCACCAGCGACUACCACAAGGACGGCAAAUGGGAGUUCUGCACCCGGAAGGGCAAACUGGACUUUAUGAUGUAA